AUGGCACAGCAUGCCUUCCAAGAUCAAGAACAAGAGGGAGGAAGGAACUCCAGGCAGCAGAAAAGAAAAUCCUUUGAAGACACAAUGAGACCAAAGGCGGUAGAAUUAACGAUCACUGAAACCCUGUGGGAUCAGGUGCUAAUGGCCUUUAAGGAUAUACAAAAGGAGCUGCAAGAAGAUGCUCGGACUCGAGGGAUGAGCUCCGUGACACCCACAUCAUCUGCAUCCAAGACUGGCACCAAGACUUCAGAUGCUGCAACGACCCCAAAGUUGCGAAGACUGCUGCCAGGCACUGGAGAGCAGCCAUCAGGGAUCCAGGCCCCAAACCUGAAAGGACAGUCCUCUGAUCAGUCAGCUUGCGACCCUAGACCCUAA